GGAAAAUCGGGAGUUUACAAGAAAUGUGAUAGCAGCAGCGGUGGGCAGGACUGACUGAAGUCCAGGAGAUGAGUGUCAGCAUGGAUGAAGAGGAGGAUUCUGACCUUCUGUCUCUGAGGAGCGACUGGUCCAAAGAGAGAUCUCCAUUCUUUAAUGGUGACCCUAAACCCUCAGACAUAAGACGGAGCUCAAACUCUGCAGGAUCUGACCUUCUGUCUCUGAGGAGCGACUGGUCCAAAGAGAGACCUCCAUUCUUUAAUGGUGACCCUAAACCCUCAGACACCAGACUGACUGACGUCCAGGAGAUGAGUAUGGAUGAAGAGGAAGAAGGAGCCGAGUCUGAAGGAUCCGACCUUCUGUCUCUGAGGAGCGACUGGUCUAAAGAGAGACCUCCGUUCUUUAACGGUGACCCUAAACCUUCAGGCUCAAGACUUCCUGAAGUCCAGGAGAUGAGCGUCAGCAUGGAUGAAGAGGAGGAUUCUGACCUUCUGUCUCUGAGGAGCGACUGGUCCAAAGAGAGACCUCCAUUCUUUAACGGUGACCCUAAAAUCUCAGACAUAAGAAAGAGGAAGAGGAGCAUUACUGCAGAGGAGCAGCAGCAGCCCAGCCCUACGUGGCGUCAGGACGCUCGGAAGGAUCAAGUCUACAGCAGCUUUGGCUUGGAGAAGGUUUUAGAUGAACACAAGAGGAGUGUGAGGAGGAGAUGUGAACGUGUGACUGAAGGAAGUGAUGAAUCCGGAGGAGGAAUCCUCCUCAACAGGAUCUACACUGAGCUCCACAUCACAGAGGGACAGAGUGGGGAGGUCCAGUGGGAACACGAAGUGAUGCAGCUGGAGACAGCUUCCAGGACGGAGAAGCACCACGACACUGCCAUCAGGUGUCAGGACAUCUUCAAAACCUCAGCCGCGCAGCAGAGACCCAUCCGAGUGGUUCUGACCAACGGCGUGGCCGGUGUGGGAAAAACCUUCUCGGUGCACAAGUUCACCCUGGACUGGGCCGAGGGCCUGGAGAACCAGGAUGUCGGUGCGCUGGUCGUCCUGUCCUUCAGGGAGCUGAACCUGGUCCGACAUCAGCAGUACAGUCUUCUCAGACUGCUCCAGGUUUUCCACCCAGCCUUACAGGAGGUGACGGCAGAGAAGCUGGCCGUCUGCAGACUGUUGUUCAUCCUUGACGGUCUGGAUGAAAGCAGACUUUCUCUGGACUUCCAUAGUGGACCGAAUGUUUCUGACGUCACACAGGAGUCAUCGAUUGACUUGCUCCUCACUAACCUCAUUCAGGGUAAUCUGCUUCCUUCAGCUCGGGUCUGGAUCACUUCCAGACCGGCAGCAGCCAAUCAGAUCCCUCCAUCAUGUGUGGACAGGCUGACAGAAGUGCGAGGCUUCACUGACGCCCAGAAGGAGGAGUACUUCAGGAGGAGACUGAGCGAUGAGGAGCUGUGCAGCAGGAUCAUCUCCCACAUCCAGACCUCCAGGAGCCUCCACAUCAUGUGCAGAAUCCCAGUCUUCUGCUGGAUCACUGCUACAGUUCUGGAGCACAUGUUGAGCACAGAGCAGAGAGGAGAGCUGCCCAAGACCAUGACUGACAUGUACUCCCACUUUAUAAUGGUUCAGAAAAUAAGGAAGAGGCAGAAGUACCAUGAGGGACCAGAGACAUGUCCAGAGGAACUGAGUGAGGCUGACAGGGAGGUUCUUCUAAAUCUGGGGAGGAUGGCUUUUGAACAUCUUGAGAGAGGAAACAUCGUUUUCUACCAAGACGACCUGAAGCAGUGUGGUCUGGAUGUGUCAGAGGCCUCGGUGUACUCUGGAGUUUUUACCGAGAUCUUCAGAAGAGAGUGUGUGAUCUUCCAGAAACCAGUCUACUCCUUCAUUCAUCUGAGCAUUCAGGAGUUUCUGGCUGCAGUUUACGUGUUCCACUGUUACUCCAACAAGAAGACCGACGUGCUCGAGAAGUUUCUGGAGAAUGACUGGGAAACUCGCUUCUUCCCCUGUCUGUCAGACUUCAUGGAGAAAGUCACUAAGAAAUGUCACAGGAGUCAAACUGGUCACCUGGAUCUGUUUGUCCGUUUCCUCCACGGCCUCACCUUGGAGUCCAACAGGAAAAUCUUAGGAGACGUCCUCGGUCAGAUACAGAUCUGUACAUUUACCAUCCCGGCAAUCAUCAAAAACCUGAAGUCGAUGAAAAUGUUUGAAAACUCUUAUUUCAGAAGUGCAUUGAUGGGCCCCGAUCUGAAGAAGAUGAAUAUGACUCCGGACAGAAGCAUCAACAUCUUCCAUUGUCUGAUGGAGAUGAAGGACCUCUCAGUGCAGCAGGAGAUCCAGGAGUUCCUGAAGUCAGAGAACAGAUCAGAGAAGGAGCUCUCUGGGAUCCACUGCUCAGCUCUGGCACACAUGCUGCAGAUGUCGGAGGAGGUUCUGGAGGAGUUCGACCUGAAGACGUAUAAUGCGUCCACGGAGGGUCUGCUGAGGCUGAUUCCAGCUGUGAGGAACUGCAGGAAGGCUCGACUGAGUGCCUGUGGACUGACGGGGGCUCACUGUGAAAUCGUGGCCUCGGCGCUGAAGUCCAACCCGUCACAUCUGACCGAGCUCGCAUUUAGGAUUCACGACUCCCCGGCGGCCGCGGCGGGGGUGCCGUUCCUGUGUGCCGGACUGACGAGUCCACAUUGUAAACUGGAGACUUUAAGGUUUGAACGCAGCACAGUGCCAAGCGACGCCUUAGCGUCUCUGUUCUCCGCCCUUCAGUCCAACCCCUCCCGUCUGAAACAUCUGGACCUGAGGUACAACAUGCUGGGGGAGGCGGGAAUGAAGCAGCUCUGUGAAUUUCUGGAGAGUCCUCACUGCAAACUGGAGACUCUGGGAUUGAAGCGCUGCAAUAUAUAUUGUGAGUUCAGCCCGUCUCUGUACUCGGCUCUGAAGUCCAACCCCUCCCAUCUGAAACACCUCAGCCUGAGUUCCAACUUCAUUUACGACUCAGGGCUGCGGCAGCUGUGUGGGUUUCUGGAGAGUCCACAGUGCCGACUGGAGAGCCUCAGACUUUCAAACAGCUGGUUGACAGGUGACGGCUGUUGUUCCCUGGCCUCGACCCUGAAGUCCAUCCCGUCUUCUCUGAAGUAUCUGAAACUAUCAGGAAAUCACGAAAUCCUCGAUUCGGGCGUGCAACACCUGUGUGGUUACCUGGAGAGUCCACUCUGCAGACUGGAGACUCUGAGAUUGAGAUAUUGCGGUAUGUCCCCAGCCAGCUGUGGAUUUCUGGUCUCUGCUCUGAAGUUGAACCCCUCCCAUCUGAAACAUCUGGAUGUGACAAAGAACAAGUUGCAGGAGUCAGAUGUGCAGCAGCUGCUUGAGCUUGUGGAGAAUCCAGCCUAUAGUCUGCAGACUGUGAGCUGGGAAAAGCCUGACACUGUGUGAUCUGAGACAGGAGGCUGUCUGUCCUGAAGAUUGACAGGGGCUGGAGGGUUGUGAGAAUACGUCACUGAAAGCCAGUUAACCAACUGCUAUUGGUAGGGAACUUAUUAUGAUAUACAAUGCAACACAAAGUGCCUCAUGUAUUGAAAACGGACUUCAAAUCAGCUUCACAGCAUUCCCCCCCCCCCCCCCCCCCCCAAAAAAAAAAAACAAAACAAAACAAACAAACAAAAAACCCUGUGGAAAUUAAUGAAUGAAUAAAUAUAUAAUUUAAGAUUAAUGAAGUAGAAGACAAUGUAAAAACAACAAGAAAUCUUUUUUGGACAACUUUAUUACCAGCAAAAAAAAACAAACAUAACAAAGAACAUUAGUAAUAGUGGAUAUGAGGUAUAAGACGGUUGAAAAGGAUUACAUAAAAGAUAAAGCACUGACGUUAAAAAAAUGUCGGUGCUUUCUGCAGCCCUCGGUUCCUCUGGCAGGCUGUUACAUAAACAUGGUGCAUAAUUAUGGAAGGCUGUCUCACCGUGAGGACAACCAGGGCAACACUUCAUUCUGGUCCGGGUUGAGCGGUUUAAGGUCCUCUUCCAUCCAGAAUUCAUCGAGGUCCAGGAUACAUUUGAAAAAGGGCAUCAGUUUCCCCUGUGUCACCUGUAGAUGUGGUUAUAUGCAACUGUGAAAGUUGAUGCCAGGCCUGACACUCUGAAUGUAUAAAAUUAUAAAGCAAAGAGGCCCAGGGUUGACUCCUGGGGCAGUCCACAUUUAAUUUUUAUAAAUUCCUGAAACCAGCUGUUUCAGUCUCUUUAACAGUUUGUAGCGAUCUACGUUUUAAACGGAGCUUUAAGAUCUACGACUAAACUUGCACCUGAGAUCAUUUCUGACCUUUGUCAACACUGCAGUUCAGCCUGAAACCAGACACUCUGUUUCUCAAAACUGUAAAAAAAACUGUAAACUGUAAAAAAAAAAAAA